AUGCCAUCUCGUAACCGUGCCUCGGCCGCUUCCUGGCUGCUCCGCGACCAUCUCAUACUCGUGCACGAUGCUGAAUCCGAAGAUGCUUGCGGUCCAUUCCCUCUUUUCCUCAAGUUCGACCAGCGCCAGAACAAAGCCUUGUUCAGCAUAAGGCUCCUCAUUGAGCUCCAAGGUUUUGAUGAUGCGCAGUCCCUAAGCUUAUCCAUCGAGCCCGCCAACAUCACACAGUGCAGUCUGGACACUGCAGACGCAUUGCCCGUGAAAAUAAAGAACCAGCUUGUCCUGCAUGAUGGCAUUUCAUCAGACGCGGACGUGUUACAACUCUCGUUUUCUCUCACGUCGCCUGGCUGCGUCAUUGUCCCUGCGAGCAGCACCCCCAUCUCCCCGAAGGAUGCAUCCAGCCCAAGAUUCUUGAAUUUUUAUUCUUUCUGCCGUUCAAAGGCGCUCCAUUUCUACUUCCCAAAGAAUCGCCUGAAAGAAGCCCAGCGCCGAGGUCUGGAAGAGCUUGUCAGGCUUGCUCAGAAAGGCAACCUCACGUCAUUACCAACGGACCUCCGAAGACUCGGAGGAGACGUUCCUCCGUCGAAGAAGCAGGACAGCCGAAACGACUCGCAUAAGGCAACAGGGCAGUACUACAACUCACAGACCACAGAAGCAGACGAGGAGCGAACCCAUGCUUCCGACUGCGCUACAACACCCCAGCCGGAGAACAGCACUCCCUCGCCCUCUCCGUCUCCCUGCAGACCAACCACCACCCUCUCCGACGCCGAAGACGGGCGCUCCCCACCAGCCUACCAGCGCCAUCCCGCAAGCACCACCACCACCACCACCACCCGCACCCCGCUAAGAAAGCACUCGCCGUCCCUAAGCACUCCUCCUGCCAGCACCAACCCCGCCGCACCCACCACCACCAUCUCCAUCUCCGCUGCUUCCCCAAUAGAUCUCCACGCCACCAUUCAGCAAGCCGUCCGCGACGCCCUCCCGGACAUCGUCCGCGAGACGCUGCCCGGCCUGGUACGCGAUGCGCUGCCCGACGUCCUCCGCGCCGUCCUACCCUCCGCCCUCCGCUCCGCCCUCGCUGACCCCCCCGCUACGGCUGCCGCCGCUCUCGCCCACUCCCUGUUCUUCCCCGCCCACAACCUCCCGUCCCCGUCCUCCCCCUCCCCAUCCCAUCAUCCUCUCUUAUCCGCCCUCCUCGAACCCCAUCUCUCCACGCUCAUCGAAUCCCACCUCCCCGCUCUCGUCCAGCCCGAGCUAUCCAACCUCCUCGCCGCCGCCGCCGCCGACGCUGCUGCUGACGCUGAGGAAGCGGCCUCGCUGCGGCUGCGCGAGGAGGUCGAGGACGCGGUGUACGAGGUCAAGGACGUGCGGGACGAGUGCGUGAGGGAGAUGGGCGAGGUGAGGCGCGAGACGCUGGAAGCGGUGGAGAGGAAGGCAGCGGAGAUGGUGGAGGAGGCGGCGGAGGAGAUGUGGGAGAAGGCGGAGGGGGUGGUGAGGAGGGUGGAUGUGGGGUUGGGGAGGGGUUUGGGGAGUGAGAGUAGUGAGACGGGGAGUGAGGGUGGGGAGGGGGAUGAGGAGAGGAGGGCGAGGUCGGUUUGA